AGUGGAAGCUGGUGGAGCUAGCUGCUAAACGAGCUGCUAAUUGAUGGACUGGGCUUUUUGAGACAAACAAAUGGCACCAAAAAGAAGGGGACAUUUGCAGCGUAUUCACAAAGAUGCGGAGACAUUUAAAAAGAAGGUGGAUUUUCUAGCGACUGAUGUGCACAAAAGGAGUGAAUCCACAUCAGAUUUAAUACAGAGGUGCCAAAAACUGCAAAUCGAUGGAAAAAAGACCUUAAAAGCACUUAAUGGUCUGACAAAGGCUGAUGAACCAGCCCCUGUUGGGAACUAUGAGCAGAGGAAACAAGAGGAAGUGACAAAACUGCAGAACAUACUGAAGCAUUUGGAGACAUUGUUUUUGGAGCUGUCACCACCAGGACCCAGCUCUACUAAAGAUGAAAUAACAACUGAGGAUGGAGAGAAAGAGGAGGAUGAGGCCGAUGACAGUAAUGGUGUCAGUAAUGAGGAUGAUGAUGAUGAUAAUAAUGAUGAUGAUGAUGAUGAUGAUGAUGAAGAGACCGAGCAUGUGAGCCCCCUUCAGUCAGGCUUCGGGAGUUACACUGUCCUCUGUGACUUCAGUGGAGAACAAGAAGGAGAUCUAACUGUAAAGAAAGGAGAGGUUUUGACCAUCAUCAGAAAAACAGCUGAUGGAUGGUGGCUUGCCCAAAAUGCUGGAGGAAAUAGAGGAUUAGUCCCAAAAAACUAUUUAAAAUUUGGUGUUGGUGUGAGUGAAGAGGAAGAGAGUGAUGAAGACAAUGAUGAAGAUGGCAGUGAUGAAAUGGAGGAUAUCCCAGAAAAAUCUGAUGAAGAAAAAUAUGGAGAUGCCGAGAACAGACAGAGCACUCCUCAUUCCAACUGGUCUACAGUGAGAAAAGCCCUUACAGAGAUUGAUGCAACAGAUGUCCUUUCUGCCAUGGGUGCAAUACCUUCAGGAUUCAGACCAUCAACUUUAAACAAAUUGCACACAGAGGAAGGGAUAAAAUACAAAGGAAGUCAUUACCUCCAGCCUGAACUUAGCCAAUCACAACUCUCCUUUAAAGACCUCUUCUUUGACCCAGACUCAGGCAGAGUCCGCCCUCGACAAGUUAAAGUGAAUGUUUGUUUCACUCUGUGGAGCUGUAAGCAGAUUCCUACGCCUGGGGUGGGAGUCCAGGUCCUCAGCAGACACAUCCACCUCUGUGCCUUUGACGGAAAUCAGGUGUUAAGUAACAUCAACACAGUCAGAGUGACGUACAACCCCAAGAGCCCAAAGACCUGGACCUUCUCACCAAGGAUGAGUGGUAUAUUACCCACUCUGCUUGAUGGAGAUUGUUUUCUACGUUGCAACUCAUCAUCUCCAGACUUGGGCAUCCUCUUUGAACUGGGAGUCACUUUCAUUAGAAAUUCAACUGGUGAAAGAGGAGACCUAAGUUGUGGCUGGGCCUUCCUCAAGCUGACAGAUGAUAGUGGAAACCUGCUUCCCAAUAGGACCUAUGAGUUGCCAGUUAACGGUGGAACACCUUAUGAAAAAGAUGUGGCAGUGGAAGCUUCAGCCACCAGAGGAUCCCCAACCAGUGUGUUCCAGCAGAUGCUCCAGUCCAGACGGCAGCCCAAACUCAUUAUUAAACUGAAAUCUCCCGAUAGCCGCACCAGGGCACUGCUGAGCCUGCUCCCAGACACUCUGCUUCACAGUCUGAGCUGUGUCCGUGUCCUGACUCUGCACCGACAGCUGCUGUGUGACACUCUGCUGAUGGACAGGCCCACUAUGCAGAGCGCAGAUCUGAUCUGCAGUCCAGUUCUUGCCACAUUUCCUCUGCUUUUGGAUCAACCGGACCUGCUGGAUGCUCUCAGGAGUGCCUGGACAGAUGUUGACGCCAGCAUGAGCAGAUCACAGAGGAGAAACCUGUCCCACGUGAAGCAGGAGUUUUACAGAGUGUACAUGUCUUCUGUCUACUUCCUCCUUCACAGCCCUGCGUUACCGAGCUAUCACUGGGCUGACCCCUCCACAGAGGAGCAGAGAGCGCGCAUCAUCUACACCACACUGGACUCACUCAAACACAAACAACUAAAUAGUGAGACACUAGGGGGCGCUGAAGUCUACCUCACCUCAGACCAUGAGCACCUGGCCUUUGAUAUCUCAGAGUGUACCUUUGACCUCCUCAGUGUGGCCAGACAGAGGUCGUUCCGGAGACAGGUUUUUACAUCCUUCUUUGAUGUCCGGAAGAAAACACACAGAGUUGUGGUCCAGAAAGCUCUUUAACAUCCCUCCUAAACUGCCU